GAAGAAGAAGAAGAGCGAGCAAUGCCCAUCGCCCCCCAGGCCGCAUGGCUGCUGCGCUGCCCGUGCUCAAGCACAAGAUUCCUCCAUUCCAGUUUCUGGGUCUGCUCCCUUCGUCCCUUCCCUUGACUCCCAAGCUCGCCCGCUUCGCUUCUGCAGGCCUUACCCAAAGUUCCUCCUCCGCCUCUCGCCUCCGCCGUCUUCCUCGGCUCGAAAGCCCCGGAAUCCCCACGCGCCGUCGCCGCGGUCCGAGCUCCAUGACCCUCCCCGCCAAAUGCUUCUCCUCCGGGUCGGCCGCCGACCCCGUUCCUAUCGAGGGCGAGACCCAGGUGGACGACCCGGCGGCCCUCGUGGUGGUCUCGUUCUACAAGUUCGCGGAUUUCCCCGAUCACGCUGAGCUGCGGCAGCCCUUGAAGGAUCUCUGCGAGCAACUGCGGGUCUCAGGUGGUAUUAUCCUUGCGCCAGAAGGGAUAAAUGGGAGCAUAUGUGGAACCCGCGAAUCAGUUGAAAGAGUUCUUGGGUUCAUCCAGAGUGAUGAACGUUUAAAAGGGCUUAGACGAAUAGAAUCUCCUGUGAGUCCCGAAGAUGAAGCUCUCCACCAUGGACAUAGUAGCAGCUCUCCUCUUGCAGCUGGGGAAGAUGCCCCCUUCCGUUGGGAUCACGUCAGAGUCAAAUUAAAAAGAGAGAUCGUUUCUCUUGGAAUGCCUAGUGUCUCACCUAUUGAGAGGGUUGGGAAGUAUGUAAAUCCGAGGGAUUGGAACAUGCUGAUUAGCGAUCCAGAUACAGUAGUGAUUGAUGUGCGGAAUAACUAUGAGACGAGAAUUGGGAAGUUCAAAGGAGCAGUUGACCCAUGCACCACUGCUUUCCGAGAGUUUCCAGCUUGGGUGGAGAAUCAGUUCCAACCUCCUGAAAUGGAUGGGGAGCAUUUGAAAUUGGCCGAAGAACAUGGUUCUAGUGCAAAUACUGAUCAGCAAGCAGACAGUCCAAAAGAAAGAAUGCCUCGGGUGGCAAUGUAUUGUACAGGAGGAAUUCGAUGUGAGAAAGCUUCAAGUUUCCUUCUGAGUAAGGGUUUCAAAGAGGUCUAUCAUCUGAAAGGUGGAAUACUGAAAUAUCUUGAGGAGGUUCCUAAGAGCGAGAGCCUCUGGGAAGGCGAGUGUUUUGUGUUUGACAAGAGAGUUUCGGUUGAGCAUGGUUUGGCACAGGGAACUUUUGAUCUUUGUUACGGGUGCAAAAAACCAGUGAGUGAUGCUGAUAUGGAGUCACCGGAGUGGGAGUAUGGUGUUUCUUCAUACUGUUACUCUUCCAAGUCUGAAGAAGAAAAGGAAAGGGCGAGAGCUCGGCAAAGGCAGUUUGAGAUGUGGGGCAUCAUUGGAGGUCCUCACAAGGGUCGACGGCCAAUCACAAGCCCCGAUAACAAUAAGAGCACCAUCGACAGACAGUCAAGUUCAGUUUAGCUUUCUGACAGGGUUUGGGAGUCGGUGACUGAAUUCAAAAGGGAAUUCUCUAAACAAUUUUUUUUGGGGGAGAACACUCCUAAGCAGUAGCGUUGGGCUUCUUAUGUUUGGCGAAGCUGGUAACUACAGUGGGAGCUCAAUGAAGAGAGCAAUCUUUUGGCGGGGCAUCUUCGGUUUUGGACAACGGUUGCCGACUGACAUUGGAUAUGUUAUUUUUGAUCGAUGACUUACAUCUUGAUUGUAUUAGGAAAGUCAGAUAUAUAAUCUGUUCUGGGACAGAUGUAGUAGCCCAUCAAAGCGAUGCAAAGCAUUAGAUGUAUCUUAUUGGGGAAAGAACUAUUUCUCAGCAUCUUCUUUAGUCAAUCCAGUGCCGUCAUAAGUAUGAAACCAUGCAUGCAAAUGCAAGAUGGAAUC